CCCCCCAACAUCUCGGUGACGCCGGCCAAGGCGCGUUUCCUGGUGGGCGAUGCCGUGUCCAUCUCCUGCGCCGCGCCGGCGCCGCCCAGCACCGACCGCAUCCAGGCCUUCCGCUUCAACGGCACCUCAGGCUGGGCCAGCGACGUCCGUGCUUCCCGCCGGAUGUCUGUCCACACCUUCACAGUCACCGGGCCCCAUGACGGCGGCUUCCACACCUGCUCCUACAGCGUCGUCCGGCGCGGUGGCCGCGUCCUCCACUCGCCACCCAGCCGGGCUGUGGUCAUCAAUGUCCGAGACCGCCCGACCCAACCCAACCUGACGGUGACACCCUCGGGCCUCACAGUGCAAGGGCAGCCCCUCCUCUUCCUCUGCAUGGCCCCGCCCAGCAAAGCCCCUCGGCGCCACUUCCGCUUCCUCCGGGAUGAGCUCGAGGUCUCCGAGGGCAUCGUGGAAGGUUCUGGAAGCGCCCGGCUGAGGGUGGAGAGGAGCGGCCAGAACCAGACCGGGAACUUCAGCUGCAGCUAUGAGGAGAUGACCGAGGGGCGCUGGAUUGCCUCCUACCCCAGCGAGGCCGUGGCAGUGGUGGUGGAAGACCCGUGUCCGCCCCCCGUGCUUUGGGUGGAGCCUCCGUCUGGCGUGGUCACUGCGGGUCAGCGGCUGCGCCUGACCUGCUCCGCGAGCCGACGUCACUUUCGGCGCCGCUUCCGCUUCUUCCGCGAUGGCGUCGAGCUGACUCCGGGUGACCUCAUCGAUGACGUCAUCAGUGACGUCACUGGUGAUGGGUCCCAGCUGGUGUUCCCGCAGAUUUCGCCAGAAUUUUCUGGGAAUUUCAGCUGCCUGCUGGAGGAGGAGGUGGGAGGGGCCUGGGUGGAGGCUCCGCCCAGUGAAGGCGUGGCCGUGGUGGUCAUGGACCUCUCCCCUCCCGCCCCCAACAUCUCGGUGACGCCGGCCAAGGCGCGUUUCCUGGUGGGCGAUGCCGUGUCCAUCUCCUGCGCCGCGCCGGCGCCGCCCAGCACCGACCGCAUCCAGGCCUUCCGCUUCAACGGCACUUCAGGCUGGGCCAGCGACGUCCGUGCUUCCCGCCGGACGUCUGUCCACACCUUCACAGUCACCGGGCCCCAUGACGGCGGCUUCCACACCUGCUCCUACAGCGUCGUCCGGCGCGGUGGCCGCGUCCUCCACUCGCCACCCAGCCGGGCUGUGGUCAUCAAUGUCCGAGACCGCCCGACCCAACCCAACCUGACGGUGACACCCUCGGGCCUCACAGUGCAAGGGCAGCCCCUCCUCUUCCUCUGCAUGGCCCCGCCCAGCAAAGCCCCUCGGCGCCACUUCCGCUUCCUCCGGGAUGAGCUCGAGGUCUCCGAGGGCAUCGUGGAAGGUUCUGGAAGCGCCCGGCUGAGGGUGGAGAGGAGCGGCCAGAACCAGACCGGGAACUUCAGCUGCAGCUAUGAGGAGAUGACCGAGGGGCGCUGGAUUGCCUCCUACCCCAGCGAGGCCGUGGCAGUGGUGGUGGAAGACCCGUGUCCGCCCCCCGUGCUUUGGGUGGAGCCUCCGUCUGGCGUGGUCACUGCGGGUCAGCGGCUGCACCUGACCUGUUCCGCGAGCCGACGUCACUUUCGGCGCCGCUUCCGCUUCUUCCGCGAUGGCGUCGAGCUGACUCCGGGUGACCUCAUCGAUGACGUCAUCAGUGACGUCACUGGUGAUGGGUCCCAGCUGGUGUUCCCGUGGAUUUCGCCAGAAUUUUCUGGGAAUUUCAGCUGCCUGCUGGAGGAGGAGGUGGGCGGGGCCUGGGUGGAGGCUCCGCCCAGUGAAGGCGUGGCCGUGGUGGUCAUGGACCUCUCCCCUCCCGCCCCCAACAUCUCGGUGACGCCGGCCAAGGCGCGUUUCCUGGUGGGCGAUGCCGUGUCCAUCUCCUGCGCCGCGCCGGCGCCGCCCAGCACCGACCGCAUCCAGGCCUUCCGCUUCAACGGCACCUCAGGCUGGGCCAGCGACGUCCGUGCUUCCCGCCGGACGUUUGUCCACACCUUCACAGUCACCGGGCCCCAUGACGGCGGCUUCCACACCUGCUCCUACAGCGUCGUCCGGCGCGGUGGCCGCGUCCUCCACUCGCCACCCAGCCGGGCUGUGGUCAUCAAUGUCCGAGACCGCCCGACCCAACCCAACCUGACGGUGACACCCUCGGGCCUCACAGUGCAAGGGCAGCCCCUCCUCUUCCUCUGCAUGGCCCCGCCCAGCAAAGCCCCUCGGCGCCACUUCCGCUUCCUCCGGGAUGAGCUCGAGGUCUCCGAGGGCAUCGUGGAAGGUUCUGGAAGCGCCCGGCUGAGGGUGGAGAGGAGCGGCCAGAACCAGACCGGGAACUUCAGCUGCAGCUAUGAGGAGAUGACCGAGGGGCGCUGGAUUGCCUCCUACCCCAGCGAGGCCGUGGCAGUGGUGGUGGAAGACCCGUGUCCGCCCCCUGUGCUUUGGGUGGAGCCUCCGUCUGGCGUGGUCACUGCGGGUCAGCGGCUGCGCCUGACCUGUUCCGCGAGCCGACGUCACUUUCGGCGCCGCUUCCGCUUCUUCCGCGAUGGUGUCGAGCUGACUCCGGGUGACCUCAUCGAUGACGUCAUCAGUGACGUCACUGGUGAUGGGUCCCAGCUGGUGUUCCCGCAGAUUUUGCCAGAAUUUUCUGGGAAUUUCAGCUGCCUGCUGGAGGAGGAGGUGGGCGGGGCCUGGGUGGAGGCUCCGCCCAGUGAAGGCGUGGCCGUGGUGGUCAUGGGGGGUUUCUCGUCCCCAGCCGAGUUCGAGUUCCCCCCGUUGGUCAUCGGCGGCGUGGUGGGCGUAGCCUUGACGCUUCUGGUGAUCCUAUUGGCUGCUUGGCUAGGCCGGAGGAGGAGGAGUCAGUGGGGGGGAGGGGAGGAUUUGGACCCCAAAAUGUCCCCAGAUCGCCUAUUUUAAUCCCAAAAUUUCCCUUGUCAGGCCAAAAAGGGAACAUUUCACCCCAAAUUUCUCUAUUUUAGUCCCAAAUUUGGCCAUUUUGACCCCAAAUUCCUCACUUGUAUCCCAAAAUUACCCCAAAUUUCCCCAUUAUAGUAAAAAAAAGACCUUUUUGUCCCCAAA